UUUCCGCUCUCUCUCUCUGGACUGGGAGCAGAAGGAAGCCGAGAAGGACUACGGAAAGCUUCUGGACUCUGCAAUUUCGUCCAUCAGAUUUCAGUAUUUGCAGAAUUGUUUGCUUGUAAUCAGUGAAUAGCAGAAGAAAAGCUGGAAAAAUCAGGGAGUGAAGAUGAGGAAGCGAGAUUUAGCAAUUCUGAUGCUAUCUGCUUUCGCCAUUUUCUUCUCUCUUCAGCACGAGGGUGAUUUUUCGUUCAAAGAGGCCUGGGUUCAUCUUUCCGAUGAGUAUCCAAUAAAGUACGAGGCUGAUCGUCUCCCGCCGCCAAUUGUCGCGGAUUUGAACGGCGAUGGGAAAAAGGAGGUUCUUGUGGCUACCCACGAUGCGAAAAUCCAGGUUUUGGAACCUCAUCUGAGACGCGUGGAUGAAGGGUUUAGUGAAGCGCGUGUCCUAGCAGAAGUUUCUCUUUUGCCUGACAAACUCCGCAUCGCCACAGGAAGGCGUGCUGUGGCAAUGGCUACUGGAGUUGUUGACAAGAAUUACGAUAAAAGGGAACCACGAAAGCAGGUGUUAGUUGUAGUGACAUCAGGCUGGUCCGUUAUGUGCUUCGAUCAUAACCUGAAGAAGCUGUGGGAUAUAAAUCUCCAGAAGGAUUUUCCCCAUAAUGCUCAUCAUAGGGAGAUUGCUAUCUCGAUUAGUAAUUACACAUUGAGGCAUGGAGAUGCCGGCUUGGUGAUUGUUGGUGGCCGCAUGGAGAUGCAGCCUCAUAUGCAUUUAGAUCCUUUUGAGGAGAUUGAAAUGGCGGAAAAGAUUGCUGAGGAACACAGAAGAAGUGCCACCGAAAAGGAUGCUUCUGAAAAUGCAGGGACAACUGAUUUACGACACUUUGCUUUGUAUGCAUUUGCUGGUCGAAGUGGUGAACUACGGUGGACAAGAAAGAAUGAGAAGAUUGAGGCUGAAUCAUCCGAUGCAUCACAAUUGAUUCCACAGCACAAUUACAAGCUUGAUGUCCAUGCCUUGAACACUCGUCAUCCAGGAGAGUUUGAGUGCAGGGAGUUCAGAGAAUCCAUUCUAGGAGUCAUGCCACACCAUUGGGAUCGCCGGGAAGACACAUUGUUGAAGCUGGCACAUUUCAGGCGCCACAAGAGGAAAACACUGAAGAAAUUAUCUGGCAGGUCCACCACCUAUCCAUAUCACAAGCCUGAAGAGAAACAUUCUCCUGGAAAGGACAUGAGCAAAAAAGUCUCAAACGUGAUUGAGAAGGCAGUUAAUAUUGCUAAAUCUGCAAAAACAAAGAAGCCUACACCUUAUGUACCUACCAUAACAAAUUACACUCAGCUCUGGUGGGUGCCUAAUGUUGUCGUUGCUCAUGAAAAGGAAGGGAUUGAAGCAGUUCAUUUGGCAUCUGGACGCACCCUAUGUAAGCUACAUCUUCAAGAAGGUGGCCUUCAUGCUGAUAUUAAUGGAGAUGGUGUCUUAGAUCAUGUACAGGCUGUUGGAGCAAAUGGUGCCGAACGGACUGUAGUGAGUGGAUCAAUGGAAGUGCUGCGUCCCUGUUGGGCUGUCGCAACAUCAGGCGUGCCUGUUCGGGAACAGCUUUUUAAUGCUUCAAUAUGUCAUCACUCUCCUUUUAAUUUAUUCCAACAUGGAGAGUUCUCCCGAAGCUUUAGCAGACACGCAGAUGCCAGCUCGUUGGAGGUUGCCACACCCAUUCUCAUCCCAAGAAAUGAUGGUCAUAGGCAUCGUAAGGGAAGUCAUGGCGACGUCGUCUUCCUAACAAACCGAGGGGAGGUGACAUCAUACUCUCCAGGCGUGCAUGGACACGAUGCCAUCUGGAACUGGCAGCUCUUAACAGGCGCUACAUGGUCUAACCUGCCAUCUCCAUCUGGCAUGACGGAAUCUACCACCGUCCCCACGCUCAUGGCAUUCCCAUUGCGCCAACAUGACAGCCAAGAACUAAUUCUUGCAGCAGGAGAUCAAGAAGCUGUUGUUCUAUCCCCGGGAGGAAGUUUAUUAACAACAGUUGAUCUCCCUGCACCUGCCACACACGCGUUGGUGUGCGAUGAUUUCUCAAACGACGGGUUGACAGAUCUUAUUCUCGUGACUUCUAAUGGGGUGUAUGGUUUUGUUCAGACCAGGCAACCUGGGGCCCUAUUCUUCAGCACCCUCGUCGGCUGCCUCAUAGUCGUGAUGGGAGUGUUAUUUGUCUCCCAAUACUUAAAUUCCGGCAAGGUUAAGCCUCGGGCAUCAUCACCUCCGCUAUGACAACCUUAAGAGCUUUGUAAACACCAAGGAAAACUUGCACAAUGGAGUUUCAAGCCUGGAACCUUCAACGUGUAAAGAUCGGUAGAGAAGUCGCUGUUCAGGUACGCGAAUAGGUGAAUGAAAGAGUUGCAAAAGUAUGUUCACAUAGUGGAGCUUGGUAAGCUUUCGGAUUCCUUUCUUACAUAAUAGAUUUUCACAGCUUCACUUGAAGAGCUUUCACGUGUACUGCUUGCAAGAGGUAGAUUAAUGUAUAAAGCGUGCUUUUGAUUUUGGAUGGUCUGCAACCCUCAAGUACUCCAGCAAUAGUAUCUCAACUUACGUUUCCAAUUC